CAAGUUCCGAGUUCCGUGCUGGGCUUUGUCGGUAUUCCAAGUCUUCAAAGUCAGCUGGAUGCUGCGAUGAGCGUAUUCACGUAGGGUUUGUAGGGCUCGGAGACAGACUCAAUCCUGAUCUGACGGAGAAAAAGUACAGUCAUCUGUUCGUCUGCACAAUAUGAUCAGUCAGUAGUCUACGACUGUUUCUGAUCGCAUUGUUGCCAGUGCUUCCCCGCAGUCUUUGUCAGCCUGCGACGGGGAUAAUGUUGUUAGUCUGGCAGCUAUAUUUGCUGCAUAUCUGCAGCAGAUCCUUCUAGCGGACAACAGCUGUUCUGAAGAAUCAUCUACAGUUCUCCAGUUUACUUUCUCCUCAAUCAAAGCAAGAUGACGGCAAGCAAGUUUGUGAAUCCCAUCAACACACCCCAGCGGCGUCUGAAGACGAUCUGCAUCGGCGCCGGCGCGUCUGGUCUCUACUACGCCUACAAGAUCCAGCGACACUUUGACGACUUUGAUCUUACGGUCUACGAGAAGAACGCGGGCAUCGCGGGUACCUGGUGGGAGAAUCGCUAUCCCGGCUGCGCGUGUGACGUUCCCGCGCACUCGUACAUCUACUCGUUUGAGCCCUAUGCGGAGUGGUCGUCUUCCUAUGCGUCGUCCAAGGAGAUCUACGGCUACUUCAAGCACUUUGCCGACAAGUACGAUCUCAACAAAUACAUCAAGCUUCAGCACCAGGUGUCUGCUGCGACGUGGGACGAGGAGAGCGCGACAUGGUCUGUUCAGAUCAAGGAUCUUGUGAGCGGCGAGAUCAUCACGGACUGGUGCCAUAUCCUUGUCAAUGCGAGCGGAAUCCUCAAUGCAUGGCGGUACCCUCCGAUUCCCGGCUUGAACUCCUUCAAGGGAAAGCUGCUGCACACCGCCAACUGGGACGAGUCUGAAGACCUCACCGGGAAGACAGUCGGUCUUGUUGGCAAUGGGUCGUCGGCUAUCCAGGUGCUUCCGACCAUUCUGCCGAUUGUCAGCAAGCUCACGACGUUCAUCAUGGAACCGACGUGGGUCUCGCCCCCGGUUGGCAUGGAAUACAAGGUCUACAGCGACGAAGACAAGAAGCGGUUCCGUGAACAUCCCGAGGAACUGCUUGAGAUGCGCCGCGAGACUGAGAAUUACUUGAAUGGCCAGUUUGAGACCUUUUUCCGUGACUCUGAGCAUCAGCUUCGCGCGCGAGAGUUUAUGCGAGCCGAGAUGACGCGCAAGUUGGGUGAUCCUGCGCUGGUCGAGAAGCUGAUCCCGUCCUGGUCUGUUGGAUGCCGACGGAUUACGCCUGGUCGCAAUUAUCUCGAGUCUCUCUCGGAUCCAAAGGUGGAGGUCGUUUUCUCGAUGGUUAGCGAGGUUACUGAGAAGGGUUGCAAGGUCCUUAGCGGGAGUGAACAUGAGAUGGAUGUAUUGAUUAUGGCCACGGGAUUCGAUACAUCGUUCAAACCCCGAUUUCCAGUGAUUGGCAGAGACGGGAAAUCGCUCGCAGAAGUAUGGGAAGGAAACCCGCAAGCGUAUCUUGGCAUCGCGGCGUCUGGGUUUCCCAACUACUUUGUGAGUCUUGGCCCGAAUUGUCCGAUCGGUAACGGACCGGUUUUGCUAUCUAUCGAGGUCGAGGUUAACUAUAUGAUCGACAUGAUCUCGCGUUAUCAGAAAGAGAAUAUCAAAGCUUUUGAUGUUUGCGCAGAUGCGGUCAAGGACUUUAAUGAACACAAGGAUGAGUUUAUGGAUACGACGAUCUGGGUUGACGAGUGCAAGUCUUGGUACAAGGCCGGCUCGUCUCAGAAUAAGGUGACGGCAUUGUGGCCCGGAUCUACGUUGCACUAUCGAGAGGCGCUGGCAGUGCCGCGCUACGAGGACUGGAAGUUUACAUACUAUGGGAAUCGGUUUGAUUAUCUUGGGAACGGACGGUCUGUUGCAGAGGCGGUCGUGCAUGAUUUGAAUUCUCAUGUUGGUAAUGAGGAUACAUCGAAGAUCGAUCCGGCUUUGAAGCGCGCAGAGGCGAAGAAGGAGUCUGUGCAGUAGAUCAGCGUGAUUAGUUUAUUUUGUUUUUAUAAGUUGUACUGUGAAAUUUAUA